AUGCGCGUCCCGAUCCGCCGCCAGCAGCUCCCUCAGUCGCACAUCGACGUCGAGAGCCCCGUGGAUGAGUCCGUCGUGACGCUCAUCUGGGCGCAGACCCUCAUCCCCGGUCGCGGAGAGCCAAUUCAGAAUGGCGCCAUCGCCGUGCGAGGCGGCACGAUCGAGUGGGUUGGUUCGUUCCUCGAGCGCCCUCACAAGUAUCGCGACGUCCGCCCGACCUACGUCCAUGUCCUCAUGCCCGGCCUCUGGGAUUGCCACACGCACUUCAUGGGCCUCGAUGUGGCGAGCUCUGUGUCUGGCCUGAUGGGCUUCCUGCCCAACUACAGCGCCCUGGCUGGCGCCAUCACCGUGGAUGAUCUGAGGCGCACGCUCAUGGCCGGGUACACGUCGGUGCGCGAGCUCGAGGGCUAUGCUGGCGACCUGUGGCCGGCAGUCAGGGAUGGUCCGCUGGUCGGGCCCAACAUCUACUCUUCGGUUGCGGCGCUGUCCAUUACGGGUGGCCAUGGUGACGAUCACCAGCAGCCCAUUACCACGGUCAUGGACGCCAUGAACUACGGGGGCAUGCCCAUUGGUGUCUGCGACGGCGUAGAGGACUGCAUCAAGACUGUCAGGAGGAUGAUCCGGCGAGGAGCCCGCGUCAUCAAGGUGUGCUCCAGCGGAGGCGUGCUCAGCCUCAACGACGACCCCGAAGACCGCCAGUUCUCCGACGAGGAACUCAAGGCCAUGGUAGACGAGGCGGCGAGGAGCCGUCGCGCUGUCGCGGCCCAUGCCAUUGGCAAGGCGGGCAUCCUGGCUGCGCUCCGCGCCGGAGUCAAGUCCAUUGAGCACGGCAUGUACAUCGACGAGGAGGUAGCCGACCUCAUGAUCGAGAAGGACGCCCUCUUUGUGCCCACGCAGCACAUCGUCCGGACCCUCUCCACCGACUACAUGGAUCAGCUGCCGCCGCCGGUCAAGCGCAAGCUCCUCGGCCUCGUCGAAAAGUCCAGAGAGUCGUACAAGCUGUGUGUCAAGAAGGGCGUCAAGAUAGCGCUGGGAACCGACAUGGUGAGCAGCGACAAGGCGUCCAAGCUGUCGCACGGAAACAACGCUCACGAGCUGGUGUACGCCGUCGAGGCCGGGAUGACGCCGCUGCAGGCCAUUGAGUGUGCGACGGCCAACGGUCCGGAAACACUGGGAGGACUGGCGCCGCUGAGCGGCCAGCUCAAGGAGGGAUACGAUGCCGACAUUAUCGCCGUCAAGGUGAACCCGCUCGACGAUAUCAAGGUGUUGACAAACCCGGACAACAUUACUCAUGUAUGGAGGGCGGAGCAGCAUUUGCGCGCGCAGCUCGAGCUCUUGCAAAACCACGACGCGGACUCGUCGGGUGCGCGCGACGCGAGGGCCGCUCCCUCCCACUCUCCGCCCGCGCGUGCCGCGAAUGGAUACGACGAGCUGGCUGCCGCCUCACACGACGCCGCUCGCGCCAUAGCCGUCAAGACCGAGGCCGAGUCACACAUUCACCCUGACCUUCGCGCGGCUCCCGGCCACGGCGCGCCCGCUCCAAACAUGAUGCCCAUGGCGCCCCCGUCUGGACACAGCCCGGGCACUUCUCCCGCCCCUCCCCAGAACGCGUCCAUAGCUCCGGCGCCGCCCGUCGCGUCUCCGGACCAGGGUUCGUCUGCGGAUGGACGGAAAGCGAAGCGUGAGCUGUCGCAGUCCAAGCGUGCCGCGCAGAACCGAGCUGCCCAGAGAGCGUUCCGUCAGCGGAAAGAGGGCUACAUCAAGAAGCUCGAACAGCAGGUUCGGGAGUACGGCGAGAUGGAGCAGACGUUCAAGGCCAUGCAGACAGAAAACUACGCGCUGCGCGAGUAUGUCAUUCACCUACAGUCGAGGUUGCUGGACAUUCAAGGCGAGUUUCCUCAGCCUCCACCCAACAUCAACCUCUCCCAGCCCGCGGCUGCUCAGCCGCCACCCCCGGCCAGCGGGCCAGAGCAGCCCCCUGGCGACCCCAACAACAACCCCGCGGCUGGGACCCCUCUGGAGGCGGUCGCCCAGGCCGUUGCGGGCUUGCAGGAGCAGAUGGACGAGGACCGACAGGCGUACGCCAACCGAGCCGAGGAAGAUACGCGCACGGCCGAAGAGAUCAAUCGGCAGCUGCAGCCCGAGGAGGGUGUCGCCCGGGCAGAGUAG